AAUCAUUGUGACUGGCCUGGUUACAGGUGUUGGUGUUAAACAGCACUAACACCAUGCACCAGACGCCGCGGUCGAAAUACUCGCGGUGCGGUGCUCGAUUGACCUGUGUGUACAUUCGCAGUAUAUAGUACCGUACUAGUUUCGCACGUGUUUUGAGACUGUCUUCGCAGAUCGUGUUGACCCACUUAUUUGAUAUGCUGGUAUUGUGAAUAUAGGAUAAUGUUAGAAGCUUAGUGCUGCAUUUUCAAGGAGCACAGGGGAUACAUUAUUAAGGUCUUGUACCAAAAGAUAUCAGAAAAAAAUACGAUCAUGGACCUGUCACCUGAACAGAAGAAAAUAAAGAAGACUAAGAAGCUCAGCAAAACAAUUGGAGCUCAAAAGCUAAGCAAAGAAGCCAUCAUAAAUCGGAUGUCGAGUGGGAAGAAACGCCCAAAGAGUGAAACAAAAAUCCAGAAAGACCGCAUGAAAACCCCUUCCAAGGAAGAUUUGGUUGCUAAGAAGCUUCUCUUUCAAGAUGGCAGUGACGACGACAUAGACGGAGAUGCGCGCCAGAGUCCUGUGAAGUCUAAGACUCGUACAAAGAAUGGAGGUGAUGUUGCCGUAGAGAAAGGCAGCUCAUCCAAGAAACUGCAGAGUUCGACGUCAAAAUGGAAGGUAUCAGAAGGAACACCAAGCAUCGCAAAACAAGAAGCUGUGAAAAAUCUGGAUGAGGAGGAAACAACAAAGUCUGGAAAGAAAAAGAAAAAGAAGGCAACUGAUAAAAAGGUUGAAGAAGAAGAAGACCAUGAUGAUGUAGAGAUUGAUUUUCCUAUAUUGAAGAGGAAAUCCUUGGGCUUGGGAGAGUUCAAGGCCACACUGGCUAGUCAGAAAUCUCCCCAAAAGGAACCGCAAGUUUCGAAGGAAGUCUCGGAAAAUGGACAAAGCAAGAAGAAGAAGAAGAAAAAUGCUCCGGAUGAAACGAUGACAAAAGACGAACCCAGCAAGAAAAGUGCUGAUCAAAUCACCGGAGAGGGUAAGGGAAAGAAAAGAAGGAAGAAGAGGGGAAAGAAGAGGAAACGUUCCAAUAGCGAGUCAGACGAACCCCAGGCAAAGAAAGGAAAACCAGCUCGAGAAGGUUUUGCAGUGCGAUGUGGGAACCUACCUGUUGGCGUUAUGAAGGGUGCGCUCCGGAUGUUCAUCGGAGAGUCAGACAUCUUCCCUUCAGAGAUCAUUUUCAAGAGGAAGAGGAAAGGAGUACCCGGAGAAAAGAAGCAGUCUUUAAAAUAUGCAACGGUGAUCUGCAAUACUUUGGAGGAAGCAGAGAGGCUUUGCAGGCUCAAUGGAAUCAGCAUGCCCUCACCACUUGGGAACAAGGAACGGAAGCUCCUCAUCCACAUGAUGAAUGAAAGUGGCGAUGCCUAUUUCAAAAAGAAGGUGUUUGUUGCCAACCUUCAUCCCAAGGUAACCGAAGAAGAAUUGCUGGCUUUCUUUGAAACGAGUGAUUGUAACCCGACCAAUGCCAUCCUUCCUAAGAAAGGAAGCAACACUAAAUCCAGAGGGUAUGGCUUUGUUUGGCUUACCUCUGCUGGAGAUGCCGACAAAGCUCUGAAGCUGAGAAAACCUACUCUGAGAGACCAAGUGAUGUCAAUCUCAAGGUCACAUCGACAUCCUGGAAUGCAGGAACCAUGAAUGACCGACUUUUCCAGACCUUCAGCCCUUAUGGAGCCUAUUCUAAGAUACCAAAUGAUCUCCCUCCCAACAUCGUAUCGGCAUCCUGGAAAGCAGGAGCCUUGAAUGAUCCCCUCUAAUAGACCUUCAGCACUUACAGACCCUUCUUUGCGAGACCAACUGAUCUCAGGCAGGAACUCUGGGUGACCAGUCAUACCAGGCCUUUAGCCCUUUACAUGGCCCCUAGUCAACGAGACCAAGUGAUCUCCAACAUCCUGGAAAGCAGAGGAGCCACGAUUGACCAACUCUUCAAGACCUUCAGCCCAUGUGGACCCUACUGUGAUAGACCAAGUGAACACCAUUACAAGGUCAUAGUAACAACCCAGAAAGCAGGAACCUGGAAUGACCAAUCCUCCCAGACCUUCAGAUAAAACAGCCUUUAUUAUCAAUUAAAUAUCCCUAGUGUAUUUAGUUUUCCAAAUCACGACUGAUACCAAAAAUACUACAAGGGGAAGAUCGGACACUUCGGCGAUAUUUUGAAACGCUCCCAAACACCCGAAAUGCUCCUGGGGAAGGACGCCCACUAGCGUUGAGUAAGUAAACCAUCGCACAUCGGCACGCAGCUGUGUAUAAAACAUAUGGGGGAAGUGAGAGAGGGGACUUUGGAGAGGGCUCAAGGGUGGUGCAUGAGAAUAAUUCCACCUUUUAUUACCCAGAAACCUCUGAAAUAUAUUCAUCUUUAAUUUAAGAAAAAAAAAAUUGAAUGAAAACAAUUUUUAAAAUGUAAAAAUCGUCUAUUCCCUCAACCCUUCACCAUUUCUCUCAUAUGUUUUGUAAACAACCAUCUCGCGAUACGCAAAGGUAAAAAAAAAGGUUGUUACUUACUCAGCGCUGUGGGGCGCUCUUCUCGAGCGUUUCAUUACGCGGUCUAUGUACUGUCUGAUCUUCCCCUUGUAGUAUCUUUGCUGAUACAUGGGAUACUAUUGUUCUAGGGCAUACAUAUACCAAUGACAUUCAGAAAUCAUGCUGUGAGACAAGGUCAUUUCACUCUUUGAGUAUGUGCCAAAGCCAUCUAGAUCACUUGGGUGCAAUCGAGCUAUUUUUUGAAGUUGUGAUCUCAAAACAUUAAUCAUGAAUCAAAAUGUCUUCACCAAGCAGUUACUGUGGGAUAGCAUUUGAUAGAUUUAAAAUCAAUGCAGAUUCUCCCUCUUUUCAAGCCUACCCACUGCACAAUUUUCUGUGGAGUUUGACCCAAGAAGAGAAGGUCAGCUUAGAGAGUAGGCAGUACAUGCGGUGACAUAGAAUUAGAAUUAAGAACCGUGUUGUGUUCAAGUAAUAUUUAAGGUCUGCGAUUCGGCAUAACAAUAUGCAGUUAUGCAUAUUUUUCCCCAUUUUGUCAUGUCUGCAUUCCAACAGACAUUAAUUGAUUUUCAAAAUGGAUAUAAACUUGAAUAUUGCCAUCUUUGCUGGACACUGUUGGGAAUGCAAACCAAGUUACCAAAAGUUGUUCAGACUUGGCCUUGUCAACAAAAUAUUGUCCAAUCAAUUGCUAUAUAUGGCGAUGCCCAAUCAAGAUCAGGUUGCAUACUAUAUUUCAUUCUAAACAAUAAACAAAAGUGAAGCGAAGUUUAUUUUCCAUAUUUGCAAUCUACUGCACGGCUUUGCGUUUAAGGGUCUGGACCCUGUAACAUAACUGUUCGAGAUUAAUCUUUGGGACUGGUUUCUGCAAUUGAUUGCUUUGAUUAUUGUUUAUAAUCGAUCAUAAAAUUCAACUCACAAUCAAUCGCUAAGCCUGUAUGCCACGGAGCACAAGUUGCUGUUGCCUGAAGGUUAUUUGCCAUCCCAUGGUAUCUUCCAUGGAAUCCUUGACUUUGAUUGGUUGUUGAUCAUUGUUGCCAUGGUAGUUACCAUGGGAUGGCAGAGUUGCUGUCAUACUGGUGUAGCCUUCGUGCCAUGGGACCCUGGUCAAGUCCCACUUUCAUCACUGUGAUAUCUCAAAUCAUAUUAAAGGACAAGUCCACCCCAACAAAAACUUGAUUUGAAUAAAAAGAGAAAAAUCCAACAAGCAUAGCAUGCAAAAUUUCAUCAAAAUUGGAUGUAGAAUAAAGUUAUUACAUUUUAAAAGUUUGCUUUAUUUCACAAAACAUAUAUAUGCACAUUCUGGUUGGUAUGAUGAUCAUGACAUGUUCUUGUCAUGGCGCUUGCUCAAAAAUAGGAAAUAUCUCACAAAUUUCAAUGUCUUCAAACAGUGCUUAGAAUGCAAAUGAAGAAACUGAUGUCAUCCACUAUCUAUUUCUUUUGUAUUUUAUUAUAUAGAAUAUAAAAUAUUCUAAUUUUCUCCUUAUUGUCAUGUCAAACAAGGUUUUUUCCUCCCUGAAUGACCAUUGUCAUUACAUUUUAUGAUUCAGUCCAGUUGGUCCUUAUUGUCAAAUCUGUAAAAAUUUGAAAAAAAUGUACAAUUUAAGCAAUAAAAAACAAAAGAAAUAGUGAGGGUAAUCAGCGACUCUCAUUUGCAUAUUACUGAUUUGUGCAUAUAACUGUUCUGUGAAACAUGAGCGAAACUUCAAAAUGCUUAUUUGACAUCCGUUUUUGAUGAAAUUUUCAGCGCUAUGCUUGCUUGAUAAUCACAUUUUUCUGGGAUGGACUUGACCUUUAAAGUGGUGUUACAACAUGACUGUUCGGUGCCCAGCCUAUGCCCUCAGUGGUAUUCGGGUCACCUGGGGCCUUUGAACAAAACAUAGCGAUGAAUAGCAACUAUGGAAGAACACUUCUGAUUGGUUCCUGGUCAGUAUUUUGAACUUGAUCUUAACAUUGAUCUUAAUUGGUCAGUCCAUUUAGCGAUUUAUCGCUAAAUCUUUGUGUUACGGAGCCCUGAUCAAUGAUAACUAUUUUCUUCUUUGGUACUUGCUCAAUCCAUCAAGUGUUUAAAGAAGGAAGUGUUUUGAUAAGUUUGGUUUUAAGUUUCUUGUGGAAGCUAAUCUGUACAUAAAACAUUUUAAACCAUGCUAAUGAUGAUUGAAUGCAAUAAGAUUUUUUUUUAUUUCAUGAGGAAGUACCUAUACAGUAUGCCAAGUUUCAUGUUUUAUGCUCAUAAUAGAAUCAUGCUUUUUCUUUUAUAACCCAAACUAGGCCAGGGACAGUCCCACCCCUCUGAACACUUCGCUUGAGAAGUCAAAAUUGCAAAAAAAUACUUAUUUAAAGAAAUAACUUCAUGUUGAUCAUUGGAACAGUGUUGCCAAUUAUUUCCCUUUUUACAUGUAAGUAAAAAAGCUAGGAAAUUUUGAUUGGCUCAUUUUGAUAUGCCUAAAGAGUGUUUAGUCAAGACAUACUUGGACCAUUAUUUCUUGAUUUAGAUAAGAAAUCUUAUUCUAUAAAUUAUGCAUAAAUAAGUAUAAUCAAUGUGUGCCAAUAGUUGACUAGAUCAGAUAUUCAAUCCGGACUAUUUGCAUUUACUAUGGGGAAACUUUCUACAACGCAUCGAUUCCUUUGAAAAUGCUAGUCAAAUCACAAUGGAGAGCUGAGAGGCAUUUGUUGAAAGUUGCUGGACUGGGACAGCAUCGGAAUCUCUUGACUCUGGACAACGACAUAAUUUGCAAUUGUUCGUCUGGUGCAAUCUUCAGAUGAUCUGCUGUCCCAGUCCACCAACUUUUGACAAAAGCCUCUGGGCUCUCCAAUGUUAUUUUGAUAAAAAUCGAUGCGUUUUAGAGAGUUUCUCCAUAGUAAAUGCGAAAACUACCUAAUGACCAAAAUCCGGUGGUUGGGGAUGGGGCUUCCCACUUCCUGAAUAUAUAUUCCAGCCUAGUUUGGUUUAUUUUAUUUUUCCUUCAAUUCAAUUUCUAAGAUUAAAAUAAAUUUCAGUACUUUUAUUAUUUUAGGAAGCUACACAGUAUUUCCUCUACAAGGUGGCACCCGUUUCAUAAAACUAGUUAUAAUAGCAAGUUUGCAAUUGCAGUUAUAAGCUACUGAAAUCAUUCAAUUUGAUUGGCUGAUAGUAAGCUUGUUAUAGAAAUUGCGCAUUUGUUAUUACAAGUCUUAUGAAACCAGACCCAAGAAAGAAAAUCUCAUCAUUUAUAGAUUGAUUAAAUGGAUUUUUGUACAAUAAUAAA